ACUCUCAAAACACCCAUCACAUCAAACCCCAGAAUGGACUCCCGCCGCCGCACCCCCGGCCUCUCCUCCCUAACAACAUCGCGCCUGCAAACCCACCACUACACCGCCCACGGCACCGCCCUCCGCGCCCGCACCGCAUCUACCCUCCAAACCCAACUCUCCGUCUUCCAAUCCCUCCUCCACAACUUCGCCCUAACCCACGCAAAAGACAUCCGCGCGAACCCCGAAUUCCGCGCCGAGUUCGCGCGCAUGUGCUCGGCGCUCAACAUCGACUUCCUGGCGUCGAGCUACGGCAACAACACAUCAUCUUCUUCUUCUGGGUCCAAAGACGGAGGGGGAGCAGCGAGUCUGUGGACCCAAGUCCUCGGCAGCACGGUCAACGACUUCUACUUCAACCUGGGGGUGCUGGUGGUGGAGGAGUGCCGGGCGACGCGCGGCGAGAACGGCGGGUUGAUUUCUGUAUCGGAUCUGCGGGCGCGCAUCGAGAAGGGGCGGUCUGGGGUCCUGGGGGCCAGCAUGUCUGUUUCCGACGACGAUAUCCAGCGCGCUGUUGAUUCGCUGGCGCCGCUGGGGUCGUGUUUCUCCCUCAUGAAGAUUGGGCAUCGCACCUUGAUACGGAGCGUGCCCAAGGAGUUGAAUAAUGAUCAGAGUACCGUGCUCGAGGCUGUCCAGGUGUUGGGGUAUGUUACCGUUAGUAUGUUGCAGGUUAAUUUGGGCUGGGAGAGGCCCAGGGCUCAUGCUGUGGUGGAUGAUUUGAUGGCCGGGAGCUUGGUGUGGGUUGAUUGUCAGGCUGGGGAAAAUGAGUAUUGGAGUCCGGCUUUUAUUAGUGCUGGGUCGUCGAGUGCUUUUUGA